GUGUGAACGUUUCUCAGGAGCAGCGCUCAGUCAGCGGGGAUAUUUCCAGCCAGCUUCCGGCCUCCUGUCAGGUCCUCCGCCUCCAGUGUCAUUGGUGAAUGACCGAAGAUGUCGCACAGCAGGUUGUUUGCCAGGCUGCUCUUGCAGCAGAGUGGAGUCAGGCACUGUUAUUCACACUCAAGGAAGAACCUCUACAUCGACAAGAACACCAAGGUUAUCUGUCAAGGCUUCACGGGGAAGCAGGGGACAUUUCACAGUCAGCAGUCUCUUGACUAUGGCUCCAAGUUAGUCGGAGGUGUGUCCCCUGGCAAAGGGGGCAAGACACACCUCGGUCUGCCAGUCUUCAAUUCUGUCAAGGAGGCAAAGGAGGGCACAGGGGCAGAAGCCACUGUGAUUUAUGUACCCCCUCCAUUUGCGGCAGCGGCCAUCAUCGAGGCCAUUGACGCGGAGAUGCCCCUGGUGGUGUGCAUCACUGAGGGCAUCCCCCAGCAGGACAUGGUGAGGGUCAAACACAAGCUGCUGCGCCAGACCAAAACCCGGCUCAUAGGCCCCAACUGCCCAGGAGUCAUCAAUCCUGGAGAGUGCAAAAUUGGGAUCAUGCCAGGUCAUAUUCACAAGAAAGGAAGAAUUGGUAUUGUGUCUAGAUCAGGUACCCUGACGUAUGAAGCUGUGCACCAGACUACACAAGUUGGCCUGGGCCAGUCACUCUGCAUUGGUAUUGGCGGUGAUCCAUUCAAUGGUACAAACUUCAUUGAUUGUCUGGAGGUGUUCCUGCAUGAUCCUAAGACAGAGGGCAUCAUCCUUAUCGGAGAAAUUGGUGGCAAUGCCGAGGAGAACGCUGCAGAGUUCCUCAAACAGCACAACACUGGUGCCAAGGCCAAACCUGUGGUGUCCUUCAUCGCGGGGCUAACUGCACCUCCAGGACGUAGGAUGGGCCAUGCUGGUGCCAUCAUUGCUGGUGGCAAGGGUGGAGCCAAAGAGAAGAUCGCAGCCCUCCAGUCGGCUGGGGUUGUCGUCAGCAUGUCCCCAGCCCAGCUAGGCAGCACUAUAUUCAAGGAGUUUGAGAAGAGGAAGAUGUUGUAAAUUGAGCAAGAAGGGGUGCAUCCUUCACCCUCCCACCCUCCAAAUUGAGAAACAGGCUGAUUUUAUUGGUGGUUAUGCCCUACAUGGUCUACAGAUGCUGUUAAGUUCAACUAUCAUACGCCCAUGCAGUGUGUAUAUUGUAAUUUGUCUUUCUGCAACCAGAGAAUAAAUAAUACUGUCUUAAAGGUAUCCUAAAUAACUCAUUCUGCACAAUAUAAAAGAUUAUAGUAGAGUUUUUUUCUCUGUACAAUGUCUUUUUAGCCUGAUGAAAAAUGCCAUGGUAACUUUGGUGAUCUGUUUCUUUUUAUUAUACUCCUACUUUAAUAUGUAUUCCUACACCUAUUUUCACUGGCUGUCCACCUGAAUAAGGAAUAUUUCUCAAAACAGUUUUCUGCUGCGCUUGUAUUUUCACGCCAUGUUUGAGAUACACACACACACAUGGAUGUAGUCUCGUUAGAAAAUGAACCUGUCUGACAAGUCUGAAUGCAUUGUCUUCACCUUUUGAGACAUAAAAAAGGAGUAUAGCAUGUGACAGAUGGAAGAAAACAGUGUGGGCUACAAAUGGUAUUGUGAUGUUGAGCGAGUAUCAUGUUAGGUAAUUGCUCAUCACAGUCUGUCAUCUGUACCAUUUAUUUCAUAUGGAGUGCGUACCAACAUUGUAAAAGGUACAGAACCAUUUGUACACGAUGGAUAAAAUGACACUACUGAUAUGGCUCCCAUUAAAGAAUGCUUAAAUAUUCAGCAUCUCAA